UACAGUUUUGUGGCUGCUACUACGCUUUAAAUAAUUAUUAAAUAUAUGAAUAACAAUCUGUACAUUAAAUUAGGUUACAUUAUAAAAAGUUGAUAAUACUUAAGUGGAAAUAAAAUAAAAAAGUCAAUGGAUUUGAUGUUCAUGAACAAAAAUAAUAAAUAAAAAAUAUUCAAUGCCACAACAUAUUAGCAAUUUUUGUAAUAUUGAUGAUUGGUGUCACUUCUACGAACGUCCGUUAAAAAAAAGAACUAACUUUAUGAGAAAAGGUUUAUUAGAACUUAACGCAUCCUACGGGAUUUUUGGAUAUCUUAUUUUACUGUCAAUGUUAUUAUUAGCCAAUGCGUUGCCUCCAGUUAUUCGAGUUGGCGCUAUAUUUACUGAAGAUGAACGCGAUAGUAACAUUGAAUCAGCUUUUAAAUAUGCAAUUUAUCGCAUCAAUAAGGACAAAUCGCUGCUACCUAAUACUCAACUCGUAUAUGAUAUUGAGCAUGUGCCUCGUGAUGAUUCCUUCCGGACAACAAAAAAAGUUUGCCGACAUUUGGAAACUGGAGUUCAAGCGAUUUUUGGACCAACAGAUCCACUUCUAGCUGCUCAUGUGCAAUCAAUUUGUGAAGCUUUUGAUAUACCGCAUAUUGAAGCUCGCCUUGAUUUAGAAAUGAACGUCAAAGAGUUUGCUAUUAAUUUGUAUCCAUCUCAACACAUUAUGAAUAUGGCCUAUCGAGACUUUAUGAUGUAUUUAAACUGGACAAAAGUUGCACUUAUCUACGAAGACGAUUAUGGUCUCUUUAAGCAACAGGACCUAAUUCACUCAUCUGCAGAGAUGAAAACGGAAAUGUAUAUAAGGCAAGCAAAUCCGGAGACCUAUCGCCAAGUCCUACGGGCAAUUCGCCAAAAGGAAAUUUAUAAAAUCGUUGUUGAUACAAAUCCAACUAAUAUCAAAACUUUUUUUCGAUCAAUAUUACAGCUGCAAAUGAACGAUCAUCGAUAUCAUUAUAUGUUUACAACCUUUGACUUGGAGACAUAUGACCUUGAGGAUUUCAGAUAUAACAGUGUCAAUAUUACAGCUUUCCGCUUAGUUGACGUGGGAAGCAAACGCUAUCAGGAGGUUAUAAAUCAAAUGCAAAAUAUUCAGCAUAGUGGAUUAAACGUGAUCAAUGGGAUGCCGUAUAUUCAAGCGGACUCCGCACUAAUGUUCGAUUCAGUAUAUGCGUUUGCCUACGGCUUGAAAAGAUUGGAUAGCAGUCACACGUUGACUUUCACAAAUAUUUCAUGCAACUCUGAUAAGACUUGGGGUGAUGGACUUUCGCUAUAUAAUUAUAUUAAUUCGGCUGCAGUUGAUGGCCUAACAGGAAAAGUCAAUUUUAUCGAAGGUCGACGGAAUAAAUUUAAAAUUGAUAUACUUAAAUUAAAGCAAGAAAUAAUACAAAAGGUUGGUUAUUGGCAACCAGAUGUCGGAGUAAACAUUUCAGAUCCAACCGCAUUUUAUGACUCGAAUAUUGCAAACAUUACUUUGAUAGUCAUGACACGAGAGGAACGUCCAUAUGUAAUGGUUAAAGAUGAUGCAAAUUUAACAGGAAAUGCUCGAUUCGAGGGAUUUUGCAUAGAUUUACUAAAAGCAAUAGCACAGCAGGUUGGUUUUCAAUAUAAAAUUGAAUUAGUUCCCGAUAACAUGUAUGGUGUGUACAUACCGGAAACAAAUUCGUGGAAUGGGAUUGUACAAGAGUUAAUGGAAAGGCGCGCUGACUUAGCUGUCGCCUCCAUGACAAUUAACUAUGCCCGUGAAAGUGUAAUUGACUUUACUAAACCAUUUAUGAAUUUGGGAAUAGGAAUUCUUUUCAAGGUUCCUACAAGUCAACCGACACGGCUGUUUUCUUUUAUGAACCCAUUGGCAAUUGAGAUAUGGCUUUAUGUGCUAGCUGCUUACAUAUUAGUAUCAUUUGCCCUAUUUGUGAUGGCUCGAUUUUCACCUUAUGAAUGGAAAAACCCACAUCCAUGCUAUAAAGAAACUGAUAUUGUUGAAAAUCAGUUUUCAAUAUCAAACAGUUUUUGGUUUAUAACUGGCACUUUUUUACGACAAGGAUCUGGGCUGAACCCAAAGAUAUCAGAUCGGGCUCAAUCGAAGUUUUUCUCUUUCAUGAAUCCACUUGCAAUUGAAAUAUGGUUUUAUAUAGCUUUUGGCUACAUUCUUGUAUCGAUAUGUAUUUGGAUAGUAGCCAGAGUGUCACCAUUCGAAUGGGUUCACUCAAAACCAUCUUGUUCUAUGGCAUGUGAUCAACGAAUUCGAAUGUCGAAUUAUAUCAAAGAACCAUUGGGACUUGAAUCCUUAAGAAAUCGAGAUUUUAUUCAAGACAAUAUAGAUGUCAUCACCUUGGAAAAUUUUGCUUCAGAUUGUAAUAAUAUUAGUACACUAUAUAGUGGUGAAGAUGGAAUUGAGGCCGACGAUACUUUGGAGUUAGUAAGCGUCCAAAAUGAUUUUACUUUGAAAAACAGCUUUUGGUUUGCUAUUGGUGCUCUUAUGCAACAAGGGGCCGAUUUAUAUCCAAGGGCGACAUCAACACGAAUUGUCGGCGGAUGUUGGUUUUUCUUUUGUUUGAUUAUUAUAUCGUCCUAUACAGCCAACUUGGCAGCUUUUUUAACAGUUGAACGGAUGAUAACUCCAAUAGAGAGUGCAUCUGACUUAGCAGAUCAAACUGAAAUAUCAUAUGGAACCUUGGAAGGUGGAUCCACAAUGACAUUUUUUCGGGAUUCUAAAAUUGGUAUUUAUCAAAAAAUGUGGAGAUAUAUGGAAAACAGAAAAUCAUCUGUGUUUGUAAAAACAUAUGAAGAUGGAAUCAAACGCGUUAUGGAGGGCAAUUAUGCUUUUCUUAUGGAGUCAACAAUGUUAGAUUAUGCUGUGCAGCGGGAUUGUAAUUUGACACAGAUUGGAGGACUACUCGAUUCUAAAGGUUAUGGUAUUGCAACACCUAAAGGGUCGCCAUGGAGGGAUAAAAUUUCAUUAGCUAUUUUGGAACUUCAAGAGAAGGGUAUUAUUCAAAUCCUAUACGAUAAAUGGUGGAAAAAUACUGGAGAUGUAUGUAAUAGAGAUGACAAAAGUAAAGAAUCUAAAGCAAAUGCUUUGGGUGUUGAAAAUAUUGGUGGUGUGUUUGUUGUACUUCUCUGUGGUCUUGCACUUGCUGUUGUUGUUGCUAUAUUUGAAUUUUGUUGGAACUCGAAGAAAAACUUACAUACCGAUAAUCAAUCUCUGUGUUCGGAAAUGGCCGAAGAACUGCGUUUCGCUAUGCACUGCCAAGGGUCCAAGUCCAAACAAAAGCCAUCACUAAAACGUGAUUGUUUAAAGUGUGUUCCACCUUCGACAUAUGUUCCGACUAAUGUAAAUUUACAAAAUUUGGGCGUACAUUACAACUACUUUAAUUAAGAUUGCUGCCGAAAACUUGAAGCAAUAUAUGUAUAUAUAUACAUAUAUAUAUGUAAUGAAAAAAAAUUGUUCUUAAAUACCUACAACAUAUUUUUGUAUCCCAACUUUAAAAAAUGCAAAAAAAAAGAAUAAUAAAUUGUAUUGGCGGAAAAUCAAAGU